CUCUGGUAGGCUCGCACCAUGGACCUUGGCGCAGAGGCUUUCGCGCUUGAAGUGAGACAUUGCCCAUUGUCAACAACAAUUGGCGCCCUGUCAUCUUUUAAAGCGUGGACGCCUCCUUGACAAUUCUUUCUGCUGAUUCUUUUCCCUCCGCUCGAUUCAUCGUCAUGUCGUCGGUCACCCAUGCGCUCACACGCUAUGCCACCGCAUCGAUAUCCGCUCGGCUGCAAGCCCGGCAAGACACGGGAUUCUCGCAAUCAAUCCCGCUGUUCAUCUUCCUCUUCACCUUCAUUGCAUUCUCCUUUGCACUCAUCUGGGUCGACUACACCUGCAACCACGUGAUCUUGACCCUGGCGGCGAUCGAAGACCCCAGCCCGGAUCCCUACAUCCGCCUUCAGAGUCCCAACAAUAACGAUCCCGAGCUUGCAGACGCAAUCACCUUGAACCCCAAGCCCAUCACGAGCGGAAUCCGCUCCGCCAUCAAGCUCCUCCGCGCCCGUGGAGGAGAAAGACGCGGGCUCAUCAGUCCAUGCCUCCAUGGAUUCCGCCUAUACCUCCCCUUCUACCUCCUCGACCGGGGUGUGGGCUUCUUCCUCAACCCGCUAUUCUACUCGGGACCCGCCCGCCUCACCCUCGCCUCGUUCGCAGUGGAGUUUCUCGCGCGGAUGUGCCUGGCCACCCUGCAGAUGGGCUGGGUGCACGUGAUCGUCGCCGACAAAGCCCCGCGGGCGCGGUACCGGCGGUGGGGGAGACUCGGGCACUGGCGACGCAUCGCGCCGGCGGCGGCGGUGCAGAACGCGCUCGUGUGCGUCUCGUACACCAUGUACCUCGUGGCGAUGCCGACCGCCGCCUGGGCCCUGGUGAACGUGGCGGGGGUCGCGCACGGCCACCUCACCGUGGGGGCGAGCCUCCGGUUUUUGGUUGUCGUGCUCCUCCCGCCGGUUUUCUCGCUGGUGAGUACCUUGCCUGCACGAGUGGUGUUCGUGCGCGUGGCGGCUUCCAUGCUUCCUGCGGAGGAUGUGCCUGUCGUACCCUUUGAUCGUCGGUUGGGGGGAAAAUUGCGAUCUGAGGUUGGAGGCGGUAGUGGUGGGGACAGGCUGGGUGUCAGGGAUGCCUGGACCACUUGCCCUUGGUCGGUUUGGGUGCGCUGCUUUCAGAUCACCUUCAAGGCGCUGGGCUUGGAGGUCGUGGUGGUAGUCGUGGGGGUCUUGGUCUUGGUGGGCGAAGCGCUCUUGAUUCAAUUGGCGGGGCCCGGCUUCUAGGUCCAGUCUUAGUUGGUCAUACUACUGCCAAUGCAAUUAAUGAC